AUGGGGAAAACAAGUAAAGACAAAAGAGACUUGUACUACCGACGUGCCAAGGAAGAUGGCUAUAGAGCAAGAUCAGCAUACAAACUACUCCAAUUAGACCAACAAUUUAACCUCUUAAGCAACAUAACUCGUGUCGUGGAUCUUUGUGCGGCGCCAGGCUCAUGGUCUCAGGUACUUAGUCAUAAACUAGGCUCUAAUCCAGAUGCUAGGAUUGUUGCUGUGGAUCUACAACCAAUGACUCCUAUAGAUCAUGUUACGACGCUACAAGCAGAUAUAACUCACCCUAAAACGUUGCAACAAAUUUUGGAUUGUUUUAAAGAUGGUGGUAAAGGUGAUGGAUUGGCUGAUUUUGUAUGCAGUGACGGUGCUCCAGAUGUUACUGGGUUGCAUGACUUGGAUGAAUACGUACAGCAUCAACUUGUAUGGGCUGCUUUCCAAUUAACUACUUGCAUUUUGAAACCAGGCGGAUCGUUUGUAGCAAAAAUUUUCCGUGGAAGAGAUAUUGAUUUGAUGUAUUAUCAAUUGCUGAAGUUCUUCACCAAAGUGUAUUGUGCCAAACCUCGUAGUUCGAGAGGUACAAGUUUGGAAGCUUUUAUUGUAUGUCUAGGAUAUAAACCAAUACCGAAUUGGGUUCCCAAGCUAGAUUUGAAUCAACUGACAGAUGAGUUUUUUGAAGGUGCUGGACUUAAACACAGUGAGGAUGUUUAUGAUAAUAAUGAGGAUGAUGCAAGGUUGAAGGUAGAAUUUGUUGCAUGUGGUGAUGUCAAUGAUAUUGAUUCUGAUGCAACUUACUCCUUGGAUCUGGAUUCUAUAACGUUGGAUCCUGUACAAAGACCAACUGCUCCACCAUACAAGAAGGCACUAGAAAUGAAACGAGAUGGUAAAUUAGCAAGAAGGUAA